GCUACAUACAUACAGUCGAACAGGAACAUUCACGGAUCACACUGUCAUUCAAUUCAUGCAUAGCGACCGUCUCAUUUGUUUAUCGGUUGAAUUACGGUUUACUUCCGAGUUCGAUCAACAUGGAGAACGGCCUGGAAAGCACAGGAGACAGUCGUCUGGACCAGGCUGUCACGCAGUGGCUGCAGUAUGACAAGAAUCCAAAGACGGCCGCUGCGGUGCGGACUAUGGUUAAGGACAGAGCCGUGUCAGAGCUGCAGAAGUGUUUUGGGGCCCGUAUGGAGUUCGGCACAGCGGGACUGAGGGCCGUCAUGGGACCGGGAGUGUCCUGCAUGAAUGACCUCACCAUCAUACAGACCACACAGGGUUUCUGUGUGUACCUGGAGCAGUGUUUUAGAGAUCUGAAGCAGAGAGGGGUGGUGAUCGGGUUUGAUGCUCGCGCUCACCCUCCUAGUGGUGGAAGCAGUAAAAGAUUCGCCUGUCUUGCUGCUUCGGUCUUGAUCAGCCGAGGCGUCCCGGUCCACCUCUUCAGUGACAUCACACCCACUCCAUACGUGCCUUUUACUGUAUCACAUCUAGGACUGUGUGCUGGUGUCAUGGUAACAGCCUCCCAUAAUCCCAAACAAGACAAUGGAUACAAGGUGUACUGGGCAAACGGAGCUCAGAUCAUUCCUCCCCAUGAUACAGGCAUCGCCGCAGCGAUAGAACAGAACCUUGAGCCGUGGCCUAAAUCAUGGGACACUGAUGGAGCUCUUCAGAGUUCCCUUCUCACUGACCCAUACCAGGACAUACACAGAGAAUACUGCCAAACCAUACAACAGCACUGCUUUCACAGGGAGCUGAAUAAGAGUUCAAAGGUGAAGGUUGUCCAUACGUCAGUUCAUGGAGUGGGCCAUAUUUUUGUCCAGGCUGCUUUUAAGGCCUUUGACCUUCACCCUCCUUAUGCUGUGGAAGAGCAGAAGGAUCCUGACCCAGAGUUCCCUACUGUCAAAUACCCCAACCCUGAGGAAGGAGAAGGAGUCUUGACGCUGUCCUUCGCGCUGGCAGAUAAAGAGGGAGCAACUGUUAUUCUGGCAAAUGACCCUGACGCUGACCGACUGGCUAUUGCAGAGAAGCAGGAGAGUGGUCAGUGGAGGGUGUUCUCUGGGAAUGAGUUGGGUGCUUUGCUCGGAUGGUGGAUUUUCCAAUGCUGGAAGCAGCAGAAAGAAGAUGGAAAAGCCUUCAUUAAGGAUGUCUACAUGCUAUCCAGCACCGUCUCCUCAAAAAUCCUCCGUGCCAUCGCUGUGAAAGAGGGCUUCCACUUUGAAGAAACUCUAACAGGCUUUAAAUGGAUGGGAAACCGGGCCAAAGAGCUGAUGGAGCAGGGAAAGACUGUUCUGUUUGCCUUUGAAGAAGCUAUUGGUUACAUGUGUUCUCCUGCAGUUUUGGACAAAGAUGGCGUAAGUGCGGCUGCCAUUGCUGGCGAGUUUGUCUCUUACCUGGCUUCCAAAAAUAGAACUCUGUCCCAUCAACUCCGAUCCAUUUAUGAGGAGUAUGGUUACCACAUUUCCAAGAACUCCUACUUCAUCUGUCAUGACCAAGACACAAUUAAACGUUUGUUUGAGCGUCUUCGGAACUAUGACUGGGAGCAUUCGUAUCCUAAAGAGUGCGGGGGCUUUGCCAUCACAGCAGUGAGAGAUCUUACCACAGGCUUUGACAGCGACCAGCCAGACAACAAGGCUGUUUUGCCCACCAGUAAAAGCAGUCAGAUGAUUACCUUCACCUUUGCUAACGGGGGCGUGGCUACAAUGAGGACCAGCGGCACAGAGCCUAAAAUCAAAUACUACACUGAGCUCUGUGCUGCACCAGGAAACAGUGAUGUUAACCAACUGAAAACUGAAUUGGAUAACUUGGUUGAUGCCAUCGUGGAACACUUCUACCAACCUGAGAAAAACAACCUGACUCCUCGACCAGAGUGAGAGACCGUAUCGCUCAGGAUUACAAGGAUCUGAUCUAUUUCUGCUAUUAGUCUUAACCUGCCACACAUAACCAUUCUCAUAUCAUCUAUAAACUUGCUCUUGUUUCAGGAAGUGUAGAUCAAAUCUGGUGCCACAUGAACAUGCCAAUUGCCUUUUUCCUUUUUCACCUCUGUUUUGUAAUCUACAAUGUUAUCGAAUGAAAUAUAUAUUAUAUGAGAGACCUUUUCAUUUGCCUUAUUGAACAACAGUAGGGAACUCUGAAUGUGCUAACAAAGAAAGUGAAAUUGAAUUAAUAUAAAGGUUAUUCAUUUCAGCAGAUUAAUUAGUUGAGUUGAUUGACAGAAAUGAUGCAAUUUCAAUUCAAUUUCAAACCGAAUAACCUCAGAAAUCAAAAAGCCAGCUUAUGUCAAUUAAUAAUAAUUUAAAAGAAAUUAAAGGGACCUGACAGCCUUACCGUGGAACAAAGUGAGUUUUAGUUUUCCACAUUCACAUGAUUCCGUUGCAUCUUUAUUCAGUUAUCUCCGUUCAGUAACUCUUUGACUACAUGUAAUUUGUUUGUAAAUGUUUAUUCGAUUUUGAAUGCCAGCCUCAACCAGCUAGUUAGAUAAUUCAUUCAGAAUGUCAUUUUUUUGUAUAAAGUGAUUUAAUACCUUUCAGGUGCUCUUGAGUAUAAUACUUUUCUCACAGUGCUGUUUUUGCAUCUUUAUUUUGCAUCAAUAAACAGUAAG